ACGCAUUUGUAUAUGAAUUAAGACAUUGCACAUACAAUAUGAAAGUAUUUAUGUGAGUGACUUUUUUAAAAGAAUAACAAUAAUAAUUAUUAUUUUAUGUUUACAUUUAAAAACACCUUUGUUUUGUGAGCUGGUGUUUUAUUUUGAAAGUCAGACGUCGUGUCGUGGCUCUUGCCCUUGUGUGACGCUUGACGCAGGCGCAGACGGAGGAAAAACGCGGCGGCGACAAUCGUGUCGGAUCCUGGCUGCGCAGCAGGGCGGCGUGACGAGGCUGGAAGUCGUUGCCCCGCUGUUCGCCCGCACGCGCGCUCAGCCUCGCUCUUCCUCUUGGAUCUAGGUGCAGACAGAGAGGAGGAGAAUCAUGGCGACGUUGGGACCGGAGUCGGCUCGCCUUCCUCUUGCCCAGCUCGCUGCUCCUUCGUCGAUUCAGAAUCACAUCUGCGGCGCCAACCUGCCUCACAACCGCGGCUUGGAGCGGGCUCUGGAGGAGGCGGCGGCCAGCGGGGUUCUCAACCUCAGCUGCCGGAAAAUGAAAGAAUUUCCCCGCACUGCUGCGAACCACGACCUGAGCGAUACCGUGGAGGCAGACCUUUCAAAGAACCGACUGGCGGACGUUCCCUCAGAGGUUUGCCACCUGGUUGCCUUAGAGACACUAAACUUAUAUCACAACUGCAUUCGGACCAUCCCAGACAGCAUCAUCAGCCUGCAGUCCCUCACGUCGUUAAACCUCAGCCGGAAUCAGCUGAGCUCCCUGCCGGCCUGUCUGUGUGGGUUACCCUUGAGAGUCCUCAAUGCCAGCAACAACAAGCUGGUCAGCCUGCCGGAGACCAUCGGGCAGCUGCAGAGCCUCAUGGAGCUGGACAUCAGUUGCAAUGAGAUCACAGCUCUUCCUCGCCACAUCGGCAGACUCAAAGCUUUGCGAGAGCUGAAUGUCCGCAGGAAUCUUCUCUGUGUUCUGCCAGAAGACCUGGCCGACCUUCCUCUAGUGAAGUUUGAUGUCUCCUGCAAUAAAGUGUCUACCAUCCCGGUGUGCUACAGAAACAUGAAGCAGCUCCAGUCACUCCAGUUAGAGAACAACCCACUGCAGAGCCCACCUGCACAGAUCUGCAUAAAAGGCAAAGUUCACAUAUUCAAAUAUCUGAGCAUCGAAGCGUGUCGCAGCGAGAAGAUGCCUGAUUCUCUAUACCUGCCCGUCAUGGAGCGACUCACCCUAUCACGACCCACUACUGGCAGUGUGGAGGACAUGGAGCAGCAGAAGAAGCAGGACUGUGACUCGGGCGUCGGGAGUGACAACGGAGACAAGAGGCUGUCUGCUACUGAGCCCUCAGAUGAAGACAGUCUGGGUCUCAACGUGCCCAUGAGCAACAUCACAGAGGAGGAUGGAUUCAGCAAAGACGACUCCAGCGAACACAUCAGCUCUCUGUCAGCUGAUCCAAACUCUGACUCGGUGCGUCUGAUCGAGGAGAGCCCUACAGAAGCCUUGAAGGAUCAGUUCAGCUACAGAGACUCUGCUCUCAGCGAGCGCUUCAUCAGCUACAUUAAGGGCCGGGCAGUGGCAGACUUGGACGAGCCCCUCCAGAUAGAAGAAGACUCACACUGGCAAACGGACCCAACCUCAAAGCAUCCAGAGACGUCAGGGCUCCACAUCAACAUGAUCAACCAGCUGAAGGAGGCUGUGCAGCUCCUGCAGGACCCCAGCAGGGUAAACACCGAUGAUGUGUCAGGAGUGCAGCUCUACCCGGUGGAGAUGGUCACAGUGGAAGAGUCCAUAAAUGGGCAGGACAGCGAUGAUGGCGACUUCAGGCCAAAGCGAGAUGAAGGGUCUCCGGUCAGCGGACCUUCAUCCUUCUCCAGCCCCCCGUUUGGACUGAAGCCCCGCUCAGCUCCGCCGUCACUUCCGUGCUCACCUCCCCCUUCCUGUCUAGACCCCUCCCUUCUCCCACAGGCCUCGCCCCUUCAUAGAGACACACAUCGUAGCCAUGACGACGGGGACAUUCACAAUCGCGUGUUCCUGCGAAGUCACAAGAGUCUGGAGUCUGUGGAUCCUCAGUUCACCAUGAGACGAAAGAUGGAGCAGCUGAGAGAGGAACUGGAGCUCCUGGAGCAGCUGAGAGACAACAUUGAGAGCAGGCUGAAAGUGGUCCUCCCCGAAGACCUCGGGUCGUCUCUAAUGGACGGCGUCGUUCUCUGCCAUCUGGCCAACCACAUUCGGCCGCGCUCGGUCGCCAGCAUCCACGUUCCCUCCCCGGCGGUGCCCAAACUCAGCAUGGCCAAGUGUCGAAGAAAUGUGGAAAACUUCCUGGACGCUUGCAGAAAAAUCGGUGUACCAGCGGACAAACUGUGUCUCCCCCAUCACAUCUUGGAGGAGAAGGGUCUCGUGAAGUUGUGCAUGACAGUGCAGGCUCUGGUGGAGCAGGUCCCCUCCAAACAGCCCCUGCUGACGUGAGCACGGGGGGCCGACGGCGCCAACACCCUGAAAGGAUCUUCUGGAGUUUGCAGCUCACUUCUGUGGCCUUUCUGCAUCGUUGGCUGUGUAUUUAUUCAUGCAGAGAAGGAACCAGCAGAAGUGAUAUGACAAUUCACGAGGGGAAGUCUUAAGAUCACGCCGAGCACAGAUCAAAUGAACCGGAGGAAACUUUUUACCUGGAGAAAACGUCAAACCAAUCUCUGAUGUUUCUCUGUUAUAGAGUUGGAGUGGGAGGUGAGUGACGGCCAACCAUGUUUCCUCUUGUUUAUUCGGAGGAAUUGAAAGGUCUAAAUACAGCUUCACCUUUUUUUUUUUUUGACUCGGUUUAGUGAAUUUAACACUGGCAAUUUUUAUUCCCCUUCUCUAAAUGGGAGAGAAAAUAUCAUUAUUUCACAACAAAAAAUAUUCCUUUGUUUUAUCACAAAGCAUUUUUUUAAGCAAUAAGUAUAUCUCAAUUCUCUCUUCAGUUACUUAAUGAAUUUGACAUAUUUUUCCUGAAAAUUCCCAUUUUUCUCCCAAAAGCUUUCCUCAGUCAGGUCAGCCUUUUUAAACAAAUGUUUAGUUUAAUUAUAUGUUUCUUUUGGAGCUGAGCCGCCGCGUCACAUCAGUUUAAACCUUUCAGGCAUCUCCAGAACACGCUAUCUAUGCACAUAUGUCAAAAGCUUCUAAAUAAGUUUCUAAACUGUGUACAGAUGACACAUUUGUUUCUACUGAAUAUUUUCUGUGAAGUAUUUAGGAAAAGUGUUUUGCUCUCUGUUUUUUUUUUUUUUUAAGAAUGAAACCAAAAUACAUCUUAAUAUGCAAUUUGCCGGUUAUUCAGUGAGAAGAGGUUUUGAGUUUGGGACAAAACUACAAUCUGAAGUGCAGCAACUCUAGACUGUUGAUGUAACUCAUUCAUCAUUCAUCUUCUAAACCCGUUUUGUCCCUUUCGGGUUCACGGGCUGCUGGAGCCUAUCCUGGCCACUCGUGGGCGAAAGCUGGGGACAUCCUGG